AUGGAGAAACAGACAUUUCCAGUGGGAGAUUCGAAGGCAGAGACCUCCUCAGAGAUGAAGCAGCAAAACGAUUGUUCUGAAGAGAAAUUCGUGUGGCCAUGGGUUGGUCUUGUUGCAAACAUACCAACAGAGGUUGAGAAAACUGGUCGGAGAGUAGGCAAAAGCGGUGCAACGUUACGUGAUGAGCUAACACUGAAAGGGUUUAAUCCAACAAGAGUCCAACCAACUUGGAAUUUCAAAGGACAUUCUGGUUUUGCUUUGGUUGAAUUCAGCAAAGAUUUCGAAGGUUUCGAGAGAAGUUAUGAAUCAGACAGACAUGGGAAGAGAGAUUGGGAAUAA